AUGUUCGAUCCCCUGGACCUGACGCCUCUUACACAAGACGUCAUCGACGCCGGGGUCGCAGCGCUCAGAGAGUGGGACUCGGAGCAUAUCCCGCUCCUGUCGAUGAACUCCUAUCAUCCAGCGCAAGGGCAGCCAGAAGGCGUCUACCACUCCUACGUGCAACAUGCCGAACCGUACCACGCAGGGAGCUCUAGCCAAGCGGAUCACGCCGGGAUGGAAUCGAGCUCUCAGCCGGCCUAUUUGCCCAACGCUCUCUCUGAACUCGGCCAAGAAGCCCAGCAAUCUGAACCGACCCCGGAGGCCCUCAUCGCCAAUCGCGAGGCACUGAGGAGGACGGCGAGCACGACCCUCAAGGCGAACCUCUUUGAACGCGAUCUGGUCCUCGACAAGCUCCAGACCGACCUCAAUCGUCAAACCAGGCGUAGAUCUGGGUAUCCGCCAGCCCACUGGGUCGACGAUCCCCACUCGCUCCUCGAACGGAUCGAGGGCAAGCUUGCAAGCAGGGUCCGCACGCACCUCCGAUCCGAUGUGAACAGGAGGACCCCGUCAUACCGAGGAGCCCUCACGCGCUACCUGAUCAACGAGUACAUCAUGGAGUUUCGACGAAUGAAAGGCUCGGACCUUUACUACGUCCUGGCGGUGCCCGCGGACGGCUUGGCAAGCCCAACCCACCCGGACCGAUUCGCCCAUGCGUCCAUGGAGGUCGGUCUGGUCGAGAUACCGGCGCUUUGA